GAUAUCACUCCGCUAGCAUGGAGGAGGGGAGCGCUUGAUUAUUGUGAUGGUGGCAGCUGCUGUACACAUCGGCGACAGUAGGAUUUCCUCUCCAGUGAUCAGGACUUUAAGAAACUGCUCACCUUGUUCGCGCUGUGGGGAGGGUUUCACCGGCCCAGCUAAUGAAAUGCAAGUUCACGAAACAACUCCGGAGCCUGUUCGCAGCACACGGCAAAACUUUUUUCAAAAGGACAACACAAUAAAACGACGGGCUCGCGGCAGCGGUGGUUAUGCGUGAUGGUUGCGAGUAACAUCCGGAUGUUUGAUGGUGCUCCAGUAGAGGCGAGAGAGUAACAGAGGAAGACAAGCGGGGUGACCCCGUUCGCCUCUCUCGCUCCUACACGGGUCCCGUACGGUUGUUUAUAGGUUUGCAAACGGUUGAGACAUUAUUGAAUGGUCGACACGGUGAGCCUCCCGGAGGAGGGAACCCGCCACCGCCGAGUAUUUACACUCCUUUAAAAGCUCCUUUCCUACCUAUUUUACUCUAUCCGUCUCACUGGCGAAGCGGACUCGCGCCCCGAUUUGGAGAGGGGAGAGCGCGAGAGACAGGGGGCUUGACAAAGUUCUUCCCAAAGAACCCUGUGUAUUCAGGCACAGAUGAUGGGGGAUUUUGCCAGCCCCGCCGCCGUACCAACCGGCGGCGGCAUUUGCAUUAACAACAGUAACAUGAACUUAAACUCUGCCAUUAAUGCGACGAACAGCAGCAGCACCGGCGGAGGUAACGUGGGCAUACCGAAGCACAGCACGGUGGUGGAGCGGCUCCGGCAGCGGAUCGAGGGCUGCCGGCGGCACCACGUCAACUGCGAGAGCCGAUACCAGCAAGCGCACGCCGAGCAGCUGGAGCUGGACCGCCGGGAGACGGUGAGUCUGUACCAUCGGAGUUUAGACCAGCGGGCCAAGAAAUCCAACAGCAGCAAACAGCAGAGCAAGCAUCAAGACCCCGAUUCAACAGCGACCACCGAGCAGAGGAACAGCACUCUGAUCGCGCUCCAGGAAACAGUAAAAAGGAAAUUGGACAGUGCCCGGUCUCCAUUAAAUGGUGACCAAAAUGGGCUCAGUGAUGGGAGCUACUCUCCUACUACAAAGAGACUCCGUAAGGAAGGGUGCACUGGAAUGGACUCUCUGGGAAGCCUUCCUCCCAUUUCCCCACUUCAUCAAAUGGACAUCAAACCCACCUUGCCCUUGGGCAACAACAGUGCCUCCUCAAACAAUGGAACCAGCAAUGGGAAUGUUGGUACCAACCAUAUUACUGGAGGAUCUGAGGAUUUAGGCAAGAACGGUGGUAUACCCGACAUUAAACUGAAUGGUUCAUUGGAUUUAGACGAUGGCUUUGGUUUAUUGAAGGAUAUGAAACAAGAGCCUUUGGACGAUGCUGGUGGAAUUGAAUCCUCAGAUACAUCACUUUCAAAUCAGAACAAGCUAUUUUCUGACAUCAAUCUGAAUGACCAGGAAUGGCAAGAACUGAUUGAUGAGCUGGCAAACACGGUGCCUGAAGAUGACAUGCAUGACCUCUUCAAUGAGGACUUCGAGGAGAAGAAGGAGGUCAGUGACUUCACACGGGCCAUGACGGAACAAACGCAGCUUGCACAAGACCCAGCACCAAACCCUGUAGCUUCUGCACCCAACAGUACACCGCAACCACAGAGUGGCCAGAUACCUAUGGGCUCACCUCAGGUGCGGCCAUCUUCCUCUGGUCCCCCUUUUGCAACUGCUGCCAAUGGCACACCACCCCAGCAACCCUUGCAGCAGUCACCAGCAGUUGGAAUGCCAUUAGGAUCACCCGCAAACUGUGUGGCCCGCUCACCACAAACGCCCACUCAGGCUCAGACACAGGCCCAGAGACCUGGGAAUGGAUAUAUGAUGAAUGCAGUUCCUGGUGUUGGUCCUGUGGGAUCAACACCAGGAGCAGCAGUGGGCCCUGGAGGAGGAACCGCAGGUGGAAGUGGGUCCGUUGCAGUCCCACCAACCUCUGACCUUUCCCCGGCCGAGCAGCUAAAGCAAAUGGCUGCCCAACAGCAGCAACGUGCCAAACUCAUCCAACAGAAGCACCAACAGCAGUCCCAGGCAGCAAGCUGGUCACCUGCAGGAGCACCAACAAGCCCGUACAGUGGACCCUUUAACCCAGACAAACCAAAUAGCCCCAUGAUGUAUCCACAGGCUUUCAAUGCUAACAGCACGAUGGGGCCAAAAACACCAGGCAUGAACAACUACCUCCCACAGAACCACAUGAAUAUGCUCAACCAGCAGCCGCAGCAGCAAUCUAAUAACUUGGCUGCCCAAAACAACCUCAGUAAGCAGCUCUCUUAUAGCAACACCAAGCCGCUGACUCAUUUCAGUGGAGUAGACCACAUGAGUCAGCGGAUGACGCCGCCCAUGGCCAAUCAACCUAAAAACCCGAUGAUGCCCUAUAUGCAGGGUGCCGCAGGGCAAGGGGGUGGCCCACCACAAGCUCCAGGUCCAUUGCAGACCCAGACAGCCCAUCUAAGUGAAGAACAGAAGAGGAUGAUGUUGAUCAAGCAAAAAGUGCUGAGUCAAGGCUUACCAUACGGCUCUAUGCAGCAGCAUGUACAGGAUCAAGGUGUUGUUGGAAUGCCGCGGCAAGCAGGAGUCCAGCCACCUCAUGGUGGACCAGGUGCCGUGGCCCCUGCAGGGCCUAACGGUGCUGGGCCUGGCGGUUAUAUGGGUAAUCCACAGCAACAACAGCAGGCAGCAAUGAUGAAGCAGAUGAUUGCUAUGGAGCAGGAGAAGAGAGUUCAACUACAUCUGAUGGAGCAGAAGAAAGCACAGCUCCUGAGAGAGCAGAGACAACAGCAGCAGCAACAGCAUAUGCUGGCAGAACAGUUACAACAGCAGCAGCAGCAUCUCCCCAGACAGAUGAGUCAGGCACAGAGGAAUCCAUACCCACUCCAGCAGUUUCAAGGCACGCCCCAGGAGAUUGCAGCAAGGAACCAGACUCUACAGAACAUGCGGAACGCUCGACUUCUUCAGCAGCAGCAGCAGCAACAACAGAACCCGGGGAUCCUGCAGAUGACGCCCGUCCAGAAUUCUGCCGCCAUGCCUUCACAGGGAGACAUGAGCAUGGUUUAUGGAGGCCAGACAGGUGCACAACCUGGCAUGUACCAGGGUAUGAACCCAGGCAUGGGCCAAAUGCUCCAGCAGCAACAGCAGCACCAUCCCAACCAAAGUGGUAUGACGAUAGCACAGAGACAAGCGGGCGCCGGCGGGCAGGUAAUGGUCGGCGGAGGAGUGGGAAGUGGGUAUGGGCAAGGAAUGCUCAUGAACCCGGCCCUCUCGCAGCAGCAAAUUAAAUCAGGCGUCGUUGCCCCUGGUGGGCAGCCAAUGGUCAAAGCCCAGGUUCAGAGACUGCAAACCAUGAUGGGAGGUGGAGGCCAGUCGUGGCCACAGCAACAGCAGCAAAAUAUACAGGCCCUGGGUGGCAGGACUUCAAACGACAUGGUGGCUUUUAACAGUAAUCCUGCAUACGCCAUGCAAGGUGGGCAGCCUCCUAGGAUGGCCAAGCAACAUUUUGCCCAAGCGAUGGGUGGACAGACAAUGGUGGACCCACGUUCUAUAAAUCCAGCAGCAAUGGGUGGGCCAAUGAUGCCUCAUAUGGCAGGGCAGCCAAGGACCAAUCAGCCAAGGGGUAUUGUGAUGCAAGGUAUGAACCAGGGUGUGCCCAACUUGGCUGUUUACGGACAGGCCUCUGCUCAGGGUAUGCCAGGGUCAUCAGGAGGGGGAGGGCCAUAUAUGCCAGGCGGUCAGCCUCAGGGCUACCAGAGGACGUCCAAUCAGGACCUGGCAUAUGGUUACGGCAGCCAAUCAGGGGCUGGGCCUGGGGUUUCUUUCGGUUUAUCAGAUGGAACAGAUUUGGAUCCAACGGAAGGUUGGAUGGAAGAGUUUUUCCCCAACCAAUAGCCUAAGGUUUUUUUUUUUUU